CUGCAACCACACCAACCGACAAGGAACAAGAAUUGCCAUCAGCACAUCACGGUGGAAUAUCUCGGGGUUUAUAUCCUUUAGGAGGCUCCGUCUUCAAUAGACGCUCAAGUGGAGGCCAAUCGGUCACCAUGGCACAUGUGGAUAAUGAAGUCAGAGGCAGACUGGCGUUGGUUACGGGUGCCUCUGGUGGAAUCGGAGGAGCCUGCGCUCGAGAGCUCUUCAAAAAUGGAGCGCGUCUAGCUCUGACAUGUUCAUCCGAGAAGACCUUGGCCAAAAUCACAGACCUCGCUAAUGAGCUUCGGAACUCAACGGACGACGACACUGACGUUACAUGUCAUGUAGUGGAUAUGUCUUCCGCCACGGACAUCGAACAACUCUUUAAGAAUAUCAUAGAUGAACACGGCCAUACCCCCGAUAUACUCGUAUCCAACGCCGGCACAGCAGGCUUCAACAACAAAGCCAACCCCUUCCUGGAGAACAUCUCCCUCGAAGAGUUCGACUUCACCAUCAACAUCAACCUCCGCGCCUCCUUCUUGCUGUGCAAGCUCGCUAUGCCGCACAUGGUCUCCCAGCGCUGGGGCCGCAUCGUCUUCAUGUCGUCCAUCUCGGCCAUUGGCGGCGGCAUCAACGGCUGCCACUACGCCGCGAGCAAGGCCGGCAUGACGGGCCUUAUGAAGAACCUCGCGAACAAGCAUGCCAAGGACGGCGUCACGCUCAACGACGUCGCGCCGGCCAUGAUUGGCGAUACGGGUAUGAUUCCCGACGAGAAGCGCGUGGAGGGCACGCCUGGUGAUGUGAAGAAUAUCCCUGUCGGACGGCUUGGGACGCCGCAGGAGUGUGCUAAUGUUGUGCUGAUGCUGUGUAAGACUGGGUAUUUGACUGGCCAGAGCAUCUUAUUGAGUGGUGGGCUGAAGUGAAAUCUUGACAUCCUUUUUCUCUCCUAUAUUUCUGUGGAUAUUGGUUGCUUGUAGUACUAUUGAUACAGCUAUAUGGAAAGUGGCCCUGAAAUAUGAUAUCCAAGUCAACCGCGCAGCUAAGGACAAGAGGGG